GGAAGUUGGGGGUGGGGGAGCUCAUGGCAUGGGGCAAACAAAGAGAACGCUGUGCCGAGGCGAGGCGAGUCAGAUGUAGUCACUUUAGGUCGCUGCUUGUCGGACCAUGUGAAGUUUAGUGAGAAAUUGGUGUCACCCCCGCUUCCCUUUCGAACGCUCCAACUAGUGUCUCAAGAUGCAGUGCGAAAUACGCGGCAUGGCGGAUAUUACGGAAGCCGGGCGACCGCCUCCGGAGUCGAUGCCCAAGAGAGGGCGAGUGAACGAAGUGUGCCGAGAAUGGCUGGUGCACGAGGACGGCGCCCUGGCCUACAAGCUGCAGAAGGAGGAAGGCGGGCUGGGGCCGGUGUUGUUGGCCGGUCGGCGGUUCGGCUAAGGUUACACUCAUUGUGGCCGGCGGGCCGGGCCUCACUGUGGCCUCAUGGCCUGCGGGCGGACUGCGGCGAGGCGAGGGACCUCUACGUCGUUGACUCGUGGAGCAGCACCUGUCGGGCAACAAGACCCGCAACGCCGUGGUGCGGCUGGACACGCCGCUGGCCAAGAGCGAGCAGCAGCGCGAGCAGGAGGAGGCGCUGGCCAAGUACCACCAGAGGGUCAUCGAGCAGGAGCAGUAUGACGCGCAGGUGGCCAAGCAGCUGGCCGCGCGCAUGGAGCGGGAGGAGCAGCUUCGGAGGAUGCAGCGAGAGCAGCAGGACGAGGAGAUGGCCAGACACCUGCAGGAGAGGGAGAAGGUGAAGCUGGAGAAGGAGAGACGAGAGCGCGAGCGCCUGGACGCGGAGUUCAUCCAGCAGCUGCCGCCUCAGCAGAUGCACCGCGCGCACCCCCAGCACUGGCAGCUGCAGAUGCAGAUACCGCCGCCGGCCAGCCGGUCCCCGGCGCAGCUGCCCUCGCCGACCACCUCGCCGCACCACUCGCCGCAGUCGUCGCAGUCCUCCCAGUCCAACGGGCAGCCGCUGCCGCCGCGGCAGCCCAAGCCGGGCACCAACUCCAGCCCGCUGUACAACCACCCCCCGCCCGUCAGCAACAUCCGGGCCUACCCCAAGCCCGCCACCUCGGCGGCCGCCGCCUUGAUGCCCGACCAGCCGUACGGGCACGGCGCCGCGGCGGCGGGCUGCGACCAGGACGUGGCGGGGGCGGUGGGGCCCGCCAGGGGGGUGAGCCCCGUGAGCCCCGCGGCGGUGGGGCCCGCGGCUUACGGUGGCCACUUCUCGCACACGCCGCCGCGCGCCGCCAGGCAGCACCACGGCCUCGGCCACCACGCGCAGGGCCACCACGGCCUCCGCGACGUGGACGGCAUCCACAGCAUCAGCCCGGCCCCGGAGGACGUGGCGCAGCAGAUCAGGCAGCUGAAUCUCUCUCGCCACGUGCCGAUGUGCGACGACCUGCCCUCGCCGGAGGAGCUGUACGAGGAGGAGGCCCGCCGACUUCAGGAGGAGAAGGACGCUGAAUUCGCGAGGCUUUUGCAAGAGCAAGAGGAGCGAGAAGGAGCUGACGGCAUUGACAGGGAUCGCUUGCUGGCCAUGGAGGCUCAGGACCAGGAACUCGCCAGGAUGCUGCAGGAUAAAGAGAAGGCAAAGCUUCGGAGGGCAAGGGAGCGCGCCAAACAAAAGGCUCUGUUGAAGAAACAGCAAGAGCAGCAGCAGAUGGACGGCUCUGGCGCGGGUCCUUCUGGUGCCGGUCCCUCCGGCUCUGGAACAUCGUCCCCCUUGUCCCCGCAUCACCCCCCACUGGAAGACGAGGAGGGGUGCUACAGCCUCCCACAUCAGGGAUCCCCAGUUCCACCACAUCCUACGGCAGCUGGGAGCAGCUUCGAAAUGGCCAAGUCUGCCUCAAAGGGACGAAGAAGGUUCCCAGAUCCAGAAGCUAUCGAAGAACUCCCUUCUCCUGGCUUUACACCACCAGGCACAGUCAACGGCACAAAUGAAGCUCUCCGGAAUAUUGCUAUUGUUAUCGACCCAACUUACCCAAGACGAUCUCCUCCUAAUGUUGGUGGAAUAAGAACUUCUCCUGUGAACACAAAUAAUCAGCAAGAUUAUGUUGAUGAGGACUGUACCAGCCCUGCACCCCCUUACAUGCCUAUUCAAGGACAAAGGAGAACUGCUUCUUUAGAAAAGAAAGCCAAGAAGAAGGCACCCAAGGAUGGCUGCAAGCAACAGUGAUUUAGUUUAUCUAUGCUUUUCACUAUUCAGUAUUUCCAGUAUCUUUGUAAAUUUAAGCUGUUAUCACUGCCAUAAGUUUGUUCAAUUCUCUUUCUAAGAAAGGAAGAGAGAUUUAAAAAAACUGAAGUAUUUUAACCAUCUGAUAAUUCUAGUCAACAUUGUACUUGUCAAAGGAAGUACAUUGAAUCAUUUGUGUAUUUGUUAAUAACCACUUAUUGUUACAUUCCUUUACCCUGGAAAGGCAGUUUGCAAAGAUUUAUUACAUGUUUUGUCAUGUCAUUUUAAGUUCUUUUCAGUUUGGAUUUUACACUGACGUCUUAUUUUGGCAUGCAUACCCAAUUAUGCAUGUUGUAGUAUUCAUUACUAACUCAAAAGAACUUGCUGACAAGUAUUUUUUCUACACAGUUUUGUUUGUGUAACUUCACUCUAAUUGACUGGCUGUUUUCUUUUGACAGCAUCAAGGGUGUAUUGAUGAUAAAAUCAAACUACUCUAGUGUUCUUAUUGGAAAUGAAAGAAAGUUUUUAUAAGCCUUGACUAUCCUUAUGUCGUUUUUUUGUUAUUAUCUUAUCUGAACAGUCUACUUAGUGGUGUUUUGCAAACAGGUACUUAAUAAUGUUCCGUCUAGUAUUCCGUCCAUUUAUGCUAAGUGAAUUAUAUUCAGGGACCAAUAUUGAGGGUAUUCCUUUUAUUCUGUUCAUUGCGUGAGAGGAACAGCGUGUUUUUCUUAAAAGACAGUAUUUGGGAGAUGAGGUGUGUUGUGAUCUCUGUUGAUUUUUCUUUAUUUUCUGGAGUUUUAUUGGAAUGUUCUUCCCUACAUAUUAACAAAUUUCACUAAUACAGUGUCAUUUGUUGCUUUCCUUUUUAUGAAAAGAUAUGCAAAUCUACCAGAAUGUAAAUUUUUUUCAUCUAUUAAAAUUUUUAGAGAGGCUGGGGUUGACCUACCCCUAGUGUUGUACAUCCAUUGUUUGUAUUUGAAAUUUCUAGUCUAAGAGCCUGAAUAUCUACAACUCUAUUGGUUGUAAUUGAUCAGUUUUUUAAAAUAAUAAUGAAUGGAUUGUUUUAAAGAAAUUUUUUUGGGGUCAGAUCAAGAGAUGCAUGAAAUUGUGUACCACCUCCACAGGAAUGAGCCUUUUCCCCUCUGCUCAUUGCUCAUGUGUAUUUUAAGAUGUUCUCUAAUUCGGUGACAGUGCUUAUAUCCAAGGGUUUUCUCUGAGCCAUCUUCAUGUAGCCUUGUACAAAAAAUCUCUGAAAAUGGGCACUUUGCCUGGGGUUUGACUUAUUUUGGAGGACUCGGACUCAUUUAUUAUUUCAUAAUUGUUUGUGCGUAAUAGAAUGACUUUGAAAUGCUAUGAACAAUCUUCUUAAAUACACAGAUUUUACCAAAA